AUGCCACGCCGUGGCCGGUCUGGCAGCCGGCACCGCACCCGCCGUCAUGCAGGUUCAUCACCGCGCAGGCAGAGCCGGAGGUCACGAAGCCGAGCCAGACCGCAGCGCCGGAAGAGACAGCGUGAGGCAUCUUCAGCAUCCGAUGCAAAGCGGAAGGCAGAAGCAGGUAAGAAAGCAGAGGGCAAGAAGGUGAAGAAGGUUAAGGCCGAUAAAGCAGCUAAAGCAGACAAGCCCGACAAGGCGGAGAAAGCCGAGAAGCCCGAGAAACCGGAGAAGGCGAAGGCCAAAGCUGGCAAAGCUGAUGGUGAGAAGGCGGAAAAAACCAAAGCAGACAAGCCUGGAAAGGUGGAAAAGGCAGGCAAGACUGCAAAGGGAGAGAAGGCAGAGAAGUCGAAGAAGGCAAAAGAAGACAAAGCAGAAAAAGGAGCUGCCGAGGCGGACGACGGUAAGGCAAAGACAAAAAACAAAAAGAAGGAUCCUGCCGCGAAAGCAGAUGCAAAGAAGAAGCCAGCUAAGGCAAAGAAAGACAAGCAGGGUUCCGAUUCCGACAGUUCCGACGACAGUUCUUACUCCUACUAUUCUUCAAGCAGCCAAGGAGAUGAGCAGCAGCAGCAGUUCAUGAAUGCCAUGAUGCCGUGGGCGAUGAUGCAGGUUUGUGGGUCAGCUCAUCAUGCCAUGUCACAAUCACAGUCACGCAUCUCUGUGAGCUUAGUGCAUGGAGUUACAGCAGUGCGUGGUCAUGUGGUCAUUCGUGACAACAGCAACGGUGACAGGAAUAACAAACGUUCUAAACCCUAA